UCAAUCAGAGUUGCCACGUAAUGUUGUGUGUCGCGUCGACGAGGUACGUCUUCUCGACAAUUAACGGCGAAUUAUAUAGUAAAAAGUGCAAUGCACGUCUCAUGGUGCAGUGAAAUCUAAAAUUUUAUUCAUAUUCGCCGUGAUAACCUCGUCCAAAAGCGACGUUUGGAAGUCAACGUUAUGUCACAACCAACAGAUUAUCAAUAUCAUCCAUAUGGUAAUGCGGGUAACUUAAAAAGUGGUCCUCCUCAAAUGGUAAAUGGACAGGCAAGUGCGGCACACCAUAAUGGCAUGCAACCACCAAAUUACAACUUUACAGGUACUCCAUCCUCCCACUCAUCACGAGAUCCAUCUAGGGAAACCUCAAGAGAUCCAUCACCAACUUCUUAUCUUCACAAUCAAUAUAAACAACCCUUGCAACGUCCAUUAAUGCCUCCAAUAAAUGGCCAACAAAAUACAAUGAAUCCUUUAAUGCCACCACCACCAGUGAGGUUACCUCAGAAUCAACAAUAUCCACCAAUGUAUAAUGUUCAAAGUCAGUUCCAAGCACCAGUUACAAAAACUCAACCUCCACCUAGAGAUGAAUUAAUAAAUUCACAAGCAACUUCACCAGCUGAACCACCAAAAACAGUGGCUGCAUCUGAUCAGAACAUGCCACAGAAUCCAGGAUCAGAACCAAAACCUUACAAACCCGAUAGUCAAAAUAUCAUGCAAGGUACACAAACAUAUGCGCAGCAGCAAGAGCAAAAUAUCAUUCCAACUACUGUGCAGCAACCUAGAGGACAAGCAUAUUAUCCACAAAAUUUGGGAGGUUCACGAGUGUAUCCAAAAAAUGCAUACAAUGUACAACAUGGUACCACUGUACCAAAUACAGUGCCUUAUGGUACAGUUGGUGGUGUACAGAUGCAAACAAAAAUUCCAGCUGUACCUCAAGGAUUUCCUGGACAAAGAAUGUAUCCAGGACAGCCACCAAAUCUAGGAAAUGUACCACCACUAGAUUCGAUGAACAAGCGAUAUCCUGAAUCAUAUCCUGAGCAAAUGAAUCAGUUGAACAGUCAAAUGAAUAUGAUGUCUGUUGCACAAACUGGUUAUAAUAAAUUAUGGGGAAUGGAGACAGUUGAGCUCUUGCAAAAUAGAAAUGUUUUACCACCAGAAAAAGUAGAACCACCAAAGAUCAAGCUUCAUCAAGAGUUUCUAGAUAGUGUUAAUUGUAGCCCAGAUAUCUUUCGUUGUACACUCACAAAGAUUCCAGAAUCAAAUUCUUUACUACAAAAAUCUAGAUUGCCCCUAGGUGUUUUAAUACAUCCUUUCAAAGAUUUAAAUCACUUACCAGUAAUACAGUGCAGUACGAUAGUGCGGUGCCGUGCUUGUAGAACGUAUAUUAAUCCUUUUGUGUUCUUCAAUGAUUCAAAAAGGUGGAAGUGUAAUCUCUGUUACAGAGUAAAUGAAUUACCAGAGGAAUUCCAGUUUGAUCCUGUAACAAAAUCGUAUGGAGAUCCAUCAAGACGUCCGGAAGUAAACACUAGCACAAUAGAAUUUAUUGCACCUAGUGAAUAUAUGCUGCGUCCACCACAGCCAGCCGUAUAUCUAUUUGUUUUGGACGUUUCGAGACUGGCGGUAGAGAGCGGUUACUUGAAUGUAGUCUGCAACGUAAUUUCAGAAGAAUUAUCAAAACUGCCGGGCGAUAGUAGAACACAGAUUGGAUUCUUAGCAGUAGAUUCUGCGAUACAUUUCUUUGGAAUUCCCGACAAUGUUUCACAACCUCAGGAAAUGAUUAUGCUUGACAUAGAUGAUGGAUUCCUUCCGUGUCCAGACAAUCUAAUUGUUAACUUAAAAGAACGUGAGGAAUUAGUAAGAGAUUUAUUGGCCCAGUUGCCAACGAAGUUUCAAGGAACCCAUGAUACAAAUAGUGCUCUGGGUGCAGCCUUACAGGCAGCUUAUAAACUUAUGUCGCCCACUGGUGGACGCGUGACUGUUUUCCAAACUUGUUUACCAAAUCUGGGUCCUGGUCUCUUACAAGCCAGGGAAGAUCCAAACAGUAGAGCAAACAAAGAUGUCCCACAUUUAAAUCCAGUUACAGAUUUCUAUAAGAGAUUGGCAUUGGAUUGCAGUGGACAACAAAUUGCAGUCGACUUAUUCUUGUUAAAUAGCCAAUAUUGUGAUUUAGCUACUCUUUCGGGUAUGUGUAAAUUUUCUGGAGGAUGCAUAUAUCAUCUUCCUUUAUUCCGAGGAUCAAAAUCACAGAAUGCAGAAGCUCUUGACAGAAUACUGAGACGUUAUCUCACUCGAAAAAUUGGUUUUGAAGCUGUUAUGAGAAUACGAUGCACUCGUGGCUUGAGUAUUCAUACUUUUCAUGGAAAUUUCUUUGUCAGAUCGACUGAUCUUCUUAGUUUACCUAACGUCAACCCGGACGCUGGUUUUGGAAUGCAAAUUUCUAUAGAAGAGAGCCUUUCAGAUGUACAGAAUGUAUGUUUUCAGGCAGCUUUGCUUUAUACAUCAAGUAAAGGGGAAAGAAGAAUUAGGGUGCAUACAUUGUGCCUACCAGUAGUGUCUACUUUAUCCGAUGUCCUUCAUUCUGCUGAUCAACAAUGUAUAGUAGGCCUACUUUCUAAAAUGGCUGUAGACAGAUCGCAGCAGUCAUCUUUAUCCGACGCGAGAGAUGCUUUGAUAAAUGUGGCUAUAGAUGUAUUAUCAGCCUACAAAUUGUCUCAGUCAGUGACUCCAGGUGGACUUCUUGCUCCAGCAAGUUUAAAGUUACUGCCUCUUUAUAUUAUUGCUUUGCUCAAAUGUGUUGCCUUUAGGUCCGGAACCAGUACGCGACUUGAUGACCGAGUGUUCGCAAUGUGCCAGUUGAAAACUCUGCCACUAUUUCAAUUAAUUCAGACAAUUUAUCCAGAUCUGUAUCCCAUUCAUAUGCUUGAUGAUCGAAAUUUGAAAGAUAUCGAUGGGAAACUUUGUCCACAACCACCUAGAUUGCAUCUUUCUGCCGAAAAACUUGAUUCUAGAGGUGCUUUCUUGAUGGACGCUGGUGAUCGAAUAUUUAUCUUAAUCGGCAAAAACAUUCAUCCUAACUUUUGUUGCAAUGUGCUUGGAGUUUCUGCUUUUGCUUCAAUACCCGAAGAAUUUUAUGACAUACCAGAACUUGAAACCGUGGAAAAUGAAAGGUUACGUAAUUUUGUAUUUAGUUUACAAGAAGAAAAGCCCUACUCUGCCAGUAUACAAAUUAUUCGGGAUGACAGUCACUUCAGGACACUCUUUGUUGAACGAUUAGUUGAAGAUCGUUUUGAGAAUUCUCUCAGUUACCAUGAAUUCUUGCAACAUCUUAAGACUCAAGUGAAAUAAUAAUAGAGGAAAUCAUUAUAAAGGGGUUAGGUGGAAACAAGAAAAAGUAAACGUUAAUACAAAAAAACCAUUGUUGAUUACAGUGAAAGUGUUUAGCAAUCGUGAAUUGUGUUCAAAAAUGCGAACCUCCUGAAACGAUUGUUCAAUCGAUUAAUUAAAAUGGAUAACUUAGGAAUAUGAAACCAUAUAUAUGUGUAUAUACAUGUGUAUAUACAUAUACAUAUACAUAUAUAUAAGAUAUACACACAUUUAUAUGUAUAA